CUUUCUCUCUCUCUGCUCCAUUUCUCCCCGUCCCUGCAUCGCAUCGCAUCACCGCCUCUCGCUUUCCCCCUCCUUCGUGUGUCCCCAAGGCGUGGACGACAACGCCGCGACCCCCGCCGCCGCCUCCGCCUCCGCCUCCGCCUCGCCGCAUAGAAUUUUUGUUACUUGGUUGGAUGAAUACCCUGGUUGGAUAUUGACAGGUCUAGCAUUGUCAUCAGUUCGUGAUUAAAUUGCAUCACUUCACAUAAGCACUGGAAAAUGGAUCGUAGAGAUACUUCAGGGUUUGUUAGUGGAGGUUGCAAAGAUAAUAAAGGCUGCUAACUACCCUUGAUUUUCUAACUUAGUAGUUUUGUUGACAAUUAUUAAACCCAGAAGUGAGGCCAGCUUAAAGAUUGGUGGAGUCAAGGAGCAAUGGAACCCAGGCGUGGGUGCUCAGCAUUCACUAUAAAUUUCUCGAAUCCAAAUGGCUUUGGUAAUCAGUGCACUGCAAUUCCAGCAGCCAGCCAUGCAACAGCUGGUUCUAGCCAACUUGAUGUGCUAGCUCCUAGAGGGUACAAGAGAAAGUGCACUGAACUGUCUCUAGGUCUGGGCGACUCAUCAAGCUCGGAUAGCAGCAAGCAGAGCAUGGCUACAGGCUACACUGUUUCUUCUGCUAAGGGAAGCGAUGAUGGGUCAUGUAUGGAUUAUGACAUAAAUUUUAAGCUAUCUCUUGGCAAUGAAGGUACUUCCAAGCUGCAUAAACAGGCUUGUGAUUCAAGGAGGACUUUCGAAAAGCCUGGGUUGGAUCUUAAGUUAUCUUUGGCACCAUCUCAAUCUGUUGUCACUGAUGCAGACCUAAUUAGAACCACCGCACAGCAGGGCAUAUUUGUGCCACCACAAAUUAUGGCUUUAGUGCCAACAGUCGAUGAAGGAUCUACAUCUGCUCGCCGGCCAUCUGGAGGCAUGGUUCUUUCUUUUCUUAAUCAGGCUGACAAAUUGGUUGGGUUUUCUCUGAACCAAGUGCCCCCAGUUAGCUCUAAUCAGGUUCAAGGUCCAGCUCCAGCUCCAACAGUGCUCCAACUGCCGAAAAGUCCAGCAGCCAGUACUUCUGGGUUUGUCCGUCCACAGCAGCGCAACAGUAGCACAAAAAAUUGUUCACACCCAGGAUGUGUCAAAGGAGCGAGAGGUUCCUCAGGGCGGUGCAUUGCACAUGGUGGAGGUAGAAGGUGCCAAAAGGAAGGCUGUGACAAAGGAGCUGAGGGCAAGACCAUCUUCUGUAAAGCUCAUGGAGGGGGGAGGCGCUGCGAAUACCUUGGAUGUACCAAGAGCGCCGAAGGCCGCACAGAUUUCUGCAUAGCCCAUGGCGGUGGCCGGCGUUGCAGCCAUGGAGGAUGCAAAAGAGCAGCACGAGGCAGGUCUGGCCGCUGCAUCAAGCAUGGUGGUGGGAAGAGGUGUCAAGAGCCAAACUGCACAAAGAGUGCAGAAGGGCGGUCAGGCUUGUGCAUUGCUCAUGGAGGCGGGCGCCGCUGUCAGCAUGUUGGUUGCGGCAAGGGAGCUCAGGGCAGCACUAAUUUCUGCAAAGCUCACGGUGGUGGCAAGAGGUGCACACACCCUGAUUGUACCAAGGGUGCAGAGGGAAGCACAGCAUUCUGCAAGGGCCACGGAGGAGGCAAACGUUGUGCGGCUGAAGAUUGCAAAAAGAGUGUGCAUGGUGGGACCCAAUUUUGUGUUGCACAUGGAGGUGGGAAGAGGUGUGUGGUUGAAGGAUGCAAGAAGAGCGCAAGAGGCCGUACCGACCGUUGUGUUGGUCAUGGUGGAGGCAAGCGAUGCCAGUCUGCUGGCUGUGGAAAAAGCGCGCAGGGAAGCACUGAUUUCUGCAAGGCACAUGGUGGAGGCAAACGCUGCUUGUGGGGGCAUCCAGGAUCAGACCUUGGAUGUGAUGGCCCUCCUUGCGACCGCCUUGCAAGAGGCAAAAAGGGCCUCUGUGUUCACCACAACCCUCUGGUGGAUGACAACAGUGUGCAUGGGGGUCGAUCAUUUAGUGCUUUCAGUAUUAUCAGUGAUGCCCUUACUCAGGGAGAUCAUCCUUCAAGCAUGGAAACAAGCAGGCGCGGCAUUUUCAUGCAUCCUGCAGAGGCUCCUCGUCCCUUGCCAGCCCCAGCGCCUGAGGGUCGGGUGCACGGUGGUAACAUCCUGUCAAUGUUUGCUGAUGGUAUGAGCCUUGGAAAGAAGCCCACCAAUAACGCUGAAGCUAGUACGUCUGGCCCUCGCAACUGGAAAUCUUCCAAUUACAUGGAGCUUAGUACUUCAGCACGCAGCAACUGGCUGUAAUGCCUGAAUUCACUGCCCACCCUCCAUUUCGGAAUGCUCCUUCGUUUCAUCUGGCAAGUAUCUCCCGUGUCGUCUGGUGUGAAAUCAAUGGUGUGAUUGUGUGAACUGUGUGUCAUGAUUGAUCAGAACAGCUGUGUUAUAGCUGUCGUGUGUGGUCUGUAAUAGUAAUUUCGUGUGUGGUCUGUAAUAGCAACCUAAAAGGCUGGAACCCCUUGUGAUAUAAAUAAAAAAGGGGAAGGUUGCAUAAUAGAUACUAAAGUGUGAAUUCUAGGUACUCUAUUGAAGGUCUGCUGUGCUCUGCAUUUAUGAAUACACAAGAUUAGUGUUGUGGCA